GGCAGAGUACAGAAUAUUGUUUGUACACAAGUCAGGACUCCAGACCAGUAAACGUCUGGUCAAAGACGUUAAUACAAGUUGCAGUGUUGUAGUGGUAAGUGUGGUGAGUCAGUACAGUGGUUCACCACUCAUCACGCACCACCACCUGUGCUGGUUUGUGAGGUUUAAAGCCUAUCGGCUGCACGAGGAUCAUUAAGGCUACAUUUCACCUGUACACUAGCAGUCACGAGUGCUAUAAGCUCUUCAACAGGGACUGAAAGAAACUCUGUGUAUACAUACACUGAGAUAUACGUACACACCUCUGGGUGUAUGCAUGCCCGACCAUGAAGCUGCGAGACGGUACGAUGAGGCAUCGAAGACAUUACUACACCUACAUCCCGUCGACACUGCUGCCCUCAGCAGGUCCUGGCAGCGGUGGGAUGCGGCCUAGAGUUAACAAACUUCAAACCCUGGAGGCUAAGAUGGCGAGCAUCGAGGUGUCUCUGGGGUGGAAGAGACGUCGGGAGGCGCUGCUGGAGACACUGCCAAGGGCUGCCAGGGACCUGGUGAGAGAGCUGGACGCUCUCCAUCAAGCCCUUAGGGACAAGGACACCGUCAUACAGUCGCUGAAGACCCAGAUCACAAACUUGGGCGGGACUGUGGGCGGCAGCGGGGAGGGAGGUGGAGUGAUCUCUGAGACGGAGCGUCGCAGCAUCCAGGACAGACUCAACAAGGUGCAGGCCGAGAUGGACGCUAAGAAGGUUGCUAUCAAGAACCUCAAGUUAACCCUAGAAAAGAUUGACAUCACAGAUAACAUCGACGUCAGGAUUCGUGCGGCGGAGCUGGAGUACGAGUUGGAGAGGGAAGAGCUCAACAUCCUCAACUUGAAGGAGGAAUCGACCGUCCUUAACGCCCGUCUUCAGGACAGUCCUUCAUCUUCCACUUGUAAUGGUGGCCUCGGGUCGCAGCCCUCGCUGCACACCCUCCUGACCUCCAAUGGAGGUGGUGCUGCUCUCGGUGGUGCCACACUCAUGAGCAUGGCUAUCCCUCACACGCCAGGCAACCCACCCUUCCAUGUCACACCUCGACCGCCCCUUGGCUGUGUCAUAGACUGGGCCACAGAUGACACCAGACUUAAAAAGGGUGAUAGGCUGCUGGAGGUGAAUGGGGAGAACGUAGUGGGUCGUGGGUUGGAACAAGUCACCAGACUCAUGGGGUCAUCGUCUCACCUCAACCUUGUCAUCGCCAGACCCACCACUGGUACGGCUGGUCGCAGGUCUGAAGGACGUCAUGAGAAACAGAUGGAAGAAAGAACCCGAGAGAUCAAAGAACUUAUUGCCAGACUCGACAAAGCUCUCAAGGAGAAGGAAACUCUUAGGAGUGACAACACUCGUCUGAACCACCGCAUUGGCUACCUGGAGGAGCAAGUGUCGGAGCUCCAAGCGAGUCUGAGUCGCACUCGAGAGGCAGUACUCAACCACACCAACGGGGAGAGUAUCGUCACUUCACAGCCAGGAGCCACUGUUAUCCAGGUGUUCCAGAAGGGAGAGCAGAAGCUGGCAGUAGCAAGCCCGGAGGUGGGCACUGGACAGGUGGAAAGAGCCCAACAGUACCCAACCUUACCCAGACUGAGGUCUCCGGAUUCGUCAAUCUCUUCUCCAAGUUCCUCUCAGUGUGACCCUAGUGAUCGACCCACCGUGGGCCACAUGACCUCAACCAGACCCACCUCUGCCUCAGACAACGUAAACCACGUUAGUUCAACCAGAACAACCUCUACCUCGGACUAUCGCAGAAGAGUCCUCUCUCCACGACCUGACUCCAAGAACGAGGAUCCUCGGCCACCGUCACGUACAAAGCCAAUACCGCCCAAGAAACCUGAACGUCUAAGUCUACAGAGAACAACCAGUCUACAGAGUGUGGAGGAGAGCUCAUCAACCUCCCGUUCCUCGGCAGCAACACCAUCCAACUCCCGCUACAGUGCUCUCCAGACUUGGCCGUCACUUGACACUGACAUUCACUGCAGGGACAACGACGGUCAGUCUCAAACAAUAUACGAGCGAGGUCAAGAAAGAUCCACUCACCGUAGCCACGAGAACAUCUACGAAAGACACCAUGACAGAUCAAACUAUGGUUCCCCAGGACAUGAGCAUUACGCCUCUAGAUCCCAGGGUGAUGGAAGUGUUCGAAUGAUCAUCAGUGGAAGUCCUGUGUCUGCAGAAUGCCUGGGCAAACGUUCCAGCCUUCAGGGUGUGGCGUCAACACCAGCCAACGAAAGAGUAUCUCACCAGAGCAACCACAGGUGCCACUCACCAGAUGUCGCUCUUCAUUUAGAGUGUAAUAAUAGAAUAGGUGACAGUGAGGUCGAUGUGUUUCGAUCAGAGAUUAACAGUCAUGUUGCCACCCGUUUCACCUCACACAAUCAUCAUCCCAGUCACAACGGAAACCACAAUCACCAUCACCACCAGCACUCCCAGCACCAUAACCACUAUUCUCUCACUACCCCUCACUCACCACCUGUCGCAGCACCACGAACCUCAGCGCUUAGUGUUGCAACAAGUCCUCGGCCUCAUGAACAGUGGUGCUGAUGACACUCUUAUGUACUAAGCCCUGGAACUGCCGUUGCAGAACCUCUAACAGUAUUCUGAUCAACACAUCUUGUCAGUUAUUAGGAUCUUAAUGGCAUGUGAAUUGAACAGUUGAUUUGAAAAUAGAUAAAAAUGAUGAGAAGUGACUAACCGGCCUAAGAGAACUGAACAUCACAAGAGAUACCUUCCUCUGUGCUCCAGUGAAACAGUGAAGGUAGAAUAAGACUUGCAGGUGAAAUAAGGUAUUCUCAUUCAAACUAAAUAAUUUCGUUUAGUGGAAUGUGAGAUGACUACGUUCUUGACUCAUAAAAUACCAGGACCUAUGAAAUUUUUUCAUGAUAACGUGCUAAUAGUUUUUUUUUCUGAAGUCUUCUGAAAAAAAAAAUAAUUGAAAUCUGCUCAUUCUCAUGAAUUGUAAAUAAGUGACAAUUUUUUACAGCUAUGUGAGUGGUUGCAAAUCCUUGACUGUAUAUACCUUAAAUAUUGAAGCCUGUAAUUUAAGACAUUCCUGCAGUUUUCCUUGCAAUAUCGGCUUGUGUGUGUAAAGUUUUGUUACACGUGUUGUAAAUAUACAUAUAUAUAUAUUUUGUGUAAUUACUAAUGAAUAAAGACCAAGUUUUAUACACGUCGUUUAA